CUUCCGCUCCCUCCGGGAGGGACGGGGCUGCGGACCUGCGCUGACGUCACUUCCGGCGGGGCCUGGAGGAGGCAGCGACAACAUGGCCCUGAACGGAGCAGAGGUGGAUGAUCUGACCUGGGAACCCCCUUCUGAGGCGGAGACCAAAGUGCUGCAGGCGCGGCGGGAACGACAGGAUCGCAUCUCUCGGCUCAUGGGCGACUACCUUCUCCGGGGCUACCGCAUGCUUGGGGAGACCUGUGCCGAAUGUGGGACUAUUCUGCUCCAGGACAAGCAAAAAAAAUUGUACUGUGUGGCCUGUCAAGAGCUCAACUCCGACGUGGACAAAGAUAAUCCAGCUCUCAACGCCCAGGCCGCCCUCUCCCAAGCCCGGGAGCACCAGCUCGCCUCCACCGCAGAGCCUCCCCCCGCCCCCCACCUGGCCACGCAGCCCCCCGUCCCCCGGCCCGAGCACUGCGAGGGGGCGGCCGCGGGGCUCAAGGUAGCGGCCCAGGGGCGGUCCGCCCCGACCCCUUCCCCGCCGUCCCCGGACGUGCUGGCGGCCGCACAGUCGGCCCUCUUGCAGAAACUGUCCUGGGCGGCGGCGGAGCUGGGCUCCACCACCUCCUUGGAGACCAGCAUCCAACUGUGCACCCUGGUCCGGGCCUGCGCCGAGGCCCUGGGAGGCCUCCGCCAGUUGCUGCCCUGAGGGAAUCUCCAUCGGCUGCUGUCUUGAGAGAGCUUCCGGCCUGCCCUGGACCCGGCUGCUGGGAUCUGGCGGGAGGGGCCUCAAGAGAAAAGCACCCAGAAAAA